GGGUUCACCACAGUCACGGGAAGGGUCAUAGGCGGCGGUCAAGCUCGUUGUCUAACCCGUUAACAUCGGGUGGCAAUCCUUCGCAAGUCCACUCAUGGGUGGGGGUCCGAAGCCCCAGUCAACCAGCCCGAACAACCUGCGAACGUCCUCCAGCACCGCGGCGUCAUCCGCAUCCGCGUACUCCAAUGUGACCACCUCCGCCUCCUCUGCUUCUGGGUCCGCCUCGGGGCACGCUCGCACUCCCUCGGCUGAGUAUCGCUCCGGGUAUCCAAACCAUCCUUCACUAGAGCCAGAGCGUCCGGAAUCACCUCUGCGGAAAGCGCGCAGCACACCGUUCAUCCGUCGUCCUGUCCGCUACGAGCCCGCGCAGCCCAUCCUGCGGCAGCACCGAUCCAUCGCGCCUCCCCUACCGCCUCUUCCUCCCCUGCCGCCUUCACCACCCGUCCCACCGACGACAGGCAGGCACCCUUGCCCGGUUCACUUAGCCUCGCGCGCUGUGCGACGCACAGUGCGAGUACGCCCCGCGAGGCGGAGCGCGCGCGCCUGUCGGCCUGCAAGCCCCUCCGCACGGCGCCUCAGGCUCUGCAGAUGGCCACGUCGGGCUCUCGUCUUCAGCGUCGUGGCGCCGUGUGCACAACCCGAUCGGCACUCCCCCAGCGGCCUCCCAUCUUCUUCCCGCAUAAGCGGGUCGUCGAGCCCGCGUACACCGCCGAACGGCGGCGGGAAAGGACACUCGAGUUUCAUGCAUAUCACGCCGGAGCAGCCUCACUCGCGGAUGAGCAGGUUGUGGAGCAGGGCUCGGGCGGGCCUUAGUAAGGGGCCUGAGCAGGGGAAGACGGACGGCAUGGGCAAGGGUGAAUUAAGGGCGCUGAAGGGGGAAGGGGCCUGAGAAGGAGAAGAGCACGAGGUGGUUGAGGGGGAGCGUCGUGCAGGCGCGGGGUGAGUGAGCUCCGUGGUUGCGGUACACCUGAGUCGAACAUGGGCAGUGGCGGACGCGUGCGUGUGUAUCACG